CAGAAGUCUGCUUGUAUAUUGAUUAUUGACCACAAUUAGUGCAGAAUCAUAUGCACAGCAUCUAGUUUUUGAUAAAUGAAGGGAACUUGAACUUUCUGAAUGACCAUCUCGGUAAAGAUUCGAGCCGACAUUUACCCAUCUUCUCAAGCUGGCUGAACGUCUUUUGAAUAGGGAACGUCUCGAAUUCACCCACCCUACCCACUCUGCGCCACCGCUACAACCAUUUCAACCGACAAUACUUUCAGUACAACACAGCAAAAAACAGCCGAGGUUGAUCGAAAAAUGGUGAUGGAGAUGAUUAAAGCAGCAAAUAUGCUGUCCACAUUAGUUGUCGGAGCCCUUUUAGUGCUUCUCUUCCUAUUUCUCGACGCUUCCAUCCUCAAACCGAGAAAGCUCAGAUCGAAACUCGAAAAACAAGGGUUUAAGGGCCCCUCUCCCUCUCCUUUUUACGGCAAUAUACCUGAAAUCAAGAGAAUUAUUCAGAUUCAGCAGCCUCUGACGGAAAGCUCAUCGGCCUCGCAAGUGAUUUUUCACGAUUGGUUCGCAAAUGUCUUCCCGCAUCUGGAGAAAUGGCGGAACCAAUACGGGCCAACAUUUCUGUAUUCGACCGGAAACAUACAGAUACUUUGCGUUAUGGAUCCGGAGAUGGUAAAGGAACUGAGCCUUUGCACGUCUUUGAGCCUCGGUAAACCUUUGUAUCUAUCCACAGAACGCGGCCCCUUGCUCGGUAAAGGCAUCCUGUCGUCCAAUGGGCCUUAUUGGGCGCAUCAGAGGAAGAUCAUUGCGCCUGAAUUUUACCUAGAUAAAGUGAAGGGCAUGGUGAACUUGAUGGCUGAGUCCACAUUGAUUAUGUUAAAAGCAUGGGAUAAGAAAACUGAGAGUGGCCAAGUAAAGGUUGAAAUUACAGUAGACGAGGAUUUGAGAAGCUUGUCGGCAGGUAUUAUAUCAAGAGCUUGUUUUGGAAGCAGCUAUAAAAAAGGGGAGCAAAUAUUCACUAAACUUCAGUUACUACAAAGGAUAAUGUCGAGGGGGUUUAUUGGUGUUCCUGGAUUAAGGCACCUUCCCACCAAGCACAACAGAGAUAUAUGGAAACUGGAAAGAGAAAUCGACGAUAUGAUACUGGAGGUAGCCAAAAGUCGUACUAAUGAUGAUGAAAAUGACAAAAAGGACCUCCUACAAUUGCUACUCGAUGCUGCUGAGAGUUGUGUGGGUGACAGCAACAUUCCAGCAGAUAUCACCGCCAACAAGUUCAUUGUAGAUAACUGCAAAAACAUAUAUUUUGCUGGCUACGAGACCACAUCGAUUUCGGCAUCAUGGUGUUUGUUGAUGCUUGCGGCUUAUCCGGACUGGCAAGCUCGAGCUCGUGAAGAAGUUCUUCAUAUAUGUGGGACGAACAUCCCUACAGCCGAAAUGUUACGGAGCAUGAAAGUGCUGACUAUGGUGAUUCAAGAGACCCUACGUAUGUACCCACCAGUAGCUUACGUGGUGAGAGAGGCCUUGCAAGAUAUCAACUUGAAGGGAAUUAACAUCCCAAAGGGCAUCAAUAUUCAGGUACCUAUUCCCUUAAUGCACCAGAACCAAGAGCUAUGGGACUUGGAGUCUCAUAAGUUCAAACCCGAUAGAUUUGCCAAUGGAAUUACAAGGGCCUGCAAGAUUCCACAAGCAUAUAUGCCAUUUGGGGUGGGGACUCGAACAUGUGCAGGACAGAACUUCGCCAUGGCUGAACUCAAGACCAUUUUGUCACUCAUUCUGUACAAAUUUAAGUUGUCUCUUUCACCAUCAUAUCACCACUCGCCCGUGUUUAGAUUGGUCAUACAACCGCAACAUGGUGUCACCGUUCUUCUUGACAAACUGUAAAUGUGUAUUUGUUUUAUGUAUAUUUAAAACUUAUACUCAGCUUUUGAUCUGAGAUGAAAGGACAAGACAUAUUGAUGUUAUGUAUGUGAGUAAAUCGCAUAGCAUGGAUUCACUUCAUAAUAUAGCCUCCAGUUACUCAUGGUUUCAUUUA